GGAAUCACGGCUUUGUACAUCAUUUGUAGUGAACGAAGUGAAAAAUUAUAUAAUUCCAUUCUUAAUCAUUUAAAAGAAAAGAAAAUAUUUGAAAAUUUAAAAGUUAUUAAAUGUCAUUUUGAUAAUUUAUUGAUAGGUGAAAUUGAAAAAGUUCUGCCUCUCAUUGAAAUUAAAGGAUCUUUAUACAGUUUUGUCAAAUUAUUGAGUAGAAAUUGCAUUGUAAAACUACUCCCAGACAAUAAAGUUGAUGAAGCAAUAAAUUUAAUUAACUCUAAAGUAGACGAAGAUGACGAUAAAUAUGAAGAUUUGUCUGCUUUCACUAAAUUUCUUAAAAAAUGCUCCAAAUUAAUUAUAAAAAAUAAGACUUACGUGGGUGAAAAUGUCACGGAUGCAAUUGAUUAUGCUGAAUAUCAUAAUAUCCACAUGAUACAGCAGCUAGGUUCUCAUAAUAAGUUGCAUUCAUUUCUCGAAUUACUCAGAUUUGAUAUUAAAAGAAACGAAAAGUUAUGGAAUAAUACAGCACCAGUUACAAAGAAAAAGAAUUAUGAUAGAAUUACAACUACAAUUAUGAAAGAACAAGAUAAAUUUAAACAUAAAAAACAAACAUUAGAAAAAUUCAAAGAGCAAUUAUUUCAAAGUAACAUAAUAGAUUUAUUAAUGGUCCAAUUACCAUGGCCACAGUAUCGUAAUGAUGAUGGAAAAUUGAGUGCAAACGAUCAAGAAUGUUUGUAUUGCUUCGACGAAAAAGCAUGUGUAAAAGUUGUUCCUUGCCAGCAUUAUAUCGCAUGCUUGUUAUGCUGGAUAAGUGAUUAUUAUACCAUGGGAAACAAGAGAUGUCCAUACUGCAGAACACAUUAUGAAAAAGUCACUAUAAUCCAAUAA